GAGGUCCAUAAACACACUUCCUCGACUUUCCUCCCUUCUCUGUUUUUCUGAGCUCUUUUCUGGAAAGAAAAUUUACAGAGAAAAUGUCGACCUUUUCAGACUGUUAGCUUCUUCGGAAUUCCGUGUUCCGCGGAGCUUCUUCUCGAGUUUAAGUUUGUUCAGCUUGAAGUCUUCCGAACAGCUUCUUAGCUUAAUUUGAUUGGUGAAUAAAGGGAACUUCUUCCUCUUCUAUUGAGUUGCUAGAGUAGCUAGUUGGUUAUUAAUCAUGGGAAACAGCGAGGAAGGGAAAUCUUCUAAGCCCGAGAAAUCAUCUUCAACUACACCGGAUCAGGGUAAUGCUCAAAUGUAUCUUGAUUGGGCAGCGAUACAGGCCUAUUAUGGUCCUCGGGUUGCCAUACCUCCAUAUUUCAACUCAGCUGUUCCGCCCGGUCAUGCCCCGCACCCAUACAUGUGGGGGCCACCGCAGCCUAUGAUGCCACCUUAUGGGGCACCGUAUGCAGCUAUAUAUGCUCAUGGUGGAGUUUAUGCACAUCCUGGAGUUCCAAUUGGGUCACAUUCUCAUGGUCACGAGAUUCCUCCAUCUGGUGCGAUUAAUGAAGCAACGGCUGCUGCUUCUAUGGGUACGGAUACAUCUGGUAAAUCUUCGGGAAAUGCAGAUCGAGGUUUGAUGAAUAAACUGAAAGGGUUUGACGGGCUUGGAAUGUCAAUAGGAAAUGGCAAUUCGGACGGUGGCAAGGGAGGAACAGACCACACACAUUCCCAGAGCAUGGAAACUGAAGGGUCCAGUGAUGGAAGUAAUGCAGAUACAGUGGGUGAAAACACUAAGAAAAGAAGCCGGGAGACGACUCCAACUAAUGCUGAUAAGACAACCAAUGGCUAUCCGACUUCUGCUGGGGAAUUCAAUGGAGCUUCUAAGAAAGUAACACCCAUGACUAUUCCUCCGAUUUUACCUGGGCAAGUUAUGGGAACAGUGGUUUCCCCUAACAUGACAACAUCACUAGAUCUAAGAAGCCCUCCCAGUGCAAAUCUGAAGGCCAGCCCGACUAAUGUUCCACAGCUUAGCCCGCCAAUGGCAACUGAAACUUGGGCCCAGAAUGAGCGUGAACUAAAGCGUGAGAAGAGGAAACAGUCUAACCGGGAAUCUGCUAGGAGAUCAAGAUUGAGAAAACAGGCUGAGACGGAAGAGUUAGCCAAGCGGGUGCAAUCGUUAACUUCUGAGAAUAUAAACCUUAAAUCUGAGAUAAACAAACUAACAGAGAACUCAGAGAAGUUGAAGCUUGAAAAUGUUGCUCUUAUGGAGAGGCUGAAAGCUGAGAAACUGGGACAAAUGGAAGAGAUAAGUUUAGGUAAGAUUGAUGAGAAGAAGAGGCUGCAACCGGUGGCUACAGCCGACCUACUUGCACGAGUCAACAACUCGGAUUCUGUAGAUAGAAAUGGCGAGGAAGGUGAAGUGUACGACAGCAACAGCUCCCGAACGAAACUCCAUCAGCUCCUCGAUACAAGCCCGAGAACUGAUGCAGUGGCAGCUAGGUGAUUAAAGCCGCCCGCAUCUGUUAAGUUGUCAGCCAUUUCCAGUGUUGAAACUUGAUGAUCAUGUGAUUUUGGCAUAUUAAUGAGUCCAAAAUUACUGCUAGCUAACUGUUAGAAACCAAAAAACAAAAAAGGUGCAGAUACCUAAUUGUAAUUUGUACUGUUAAACCUCGGCAGACUGUAACUCAGCUUUUUGGCUCUCCAGAGUGCCUUACUGGCCAUGAUAGGAGCUGUAAAUCGGAAAACUAUCUCUGAAAACUUUGACUUAAGAAAUGUAAUGACAUGAAGGGGUGUGAGCUAUUCCUUGACAUUGCC